AUGGAGUCUGACACAUCUGCUUUGCAACUCCGUGGAUUCGCUGACGCAUCCGAAAGAGCUUAUGCUGCUGUGAUAUACAUCAAGAGUGCUCCACUGGACGGAGGUUCAAUAAUGGUUUCGUUGGUGCUGGCCAAAAUCAGAGUGGCCCCCCUCAAACCCAUAUCGCUGUCUCGUUUAGAGCUGUAUGCGGCCGUAUUGCUUGUGCGACUGGCAGCUUAUUUGAGGGAGCAGUUGAAGUUAUUAUCAGUUCCAGUUCAUCUGUGGUUUGACUCUACUAUCACUCUUGCAUGGAUUCGUGGAUACCCUGCAAGAUGGACAACGUUUGUUGCAAACAGAGUUGCCAAGAUUCAUCGCACCUUAUCUGAGAGCGGCCCGGAUUUUCUGAAGAACCCUGAGCUGUUGGUCAAUGACGACGUGGAUGUAACAAUUGAGAGUGACCUACCAGAGCAACGUCGGAUGGUGCAUGGAGUAACCAAGUUAGAAGCAAACGAAUUCCUGUUCACUUGUUGGCCUGAAGCUAUACCUGGACGAGGCUUGUUUACUUCGCUGUGGGGGCAAUUACGUUUUGUUGAGUUGGACUGGGACAGUCGUCAUCCUGUGAUACUGCCACCGAAAUCUCACCUCACCAGACUUUUGGUGAUUGCAACCCACCAUGGAGCGCUGCAUGGCGCAGUGCAACUGACGUUGGCAACUCUUCGGCGUCAAUUUUGGAUCCCGGGAGGCAGGCGACUGGAACCUUAUCUCUUCGAAGAUUGCAUGCUGUUGGAGGAAAUAUCGACGAUGACUAUUGGCCACGACAGAAUCGCUAUCGUCAUUCCGGCCAGAAUACUGGGCUUUAUCUUAGCACCGCUGCGAAUCGCUGAACCGGACUCGACCGCACUGCCCUUGUUCGAUGCUCAGAUGGAAUGGAAGUUGUUCCCUCUGCCAUUGGCCAACAGUUUUCAGACUAAAUACGAUAAUGACGACGACCCUUACACUACAGUUACGUGCAAGAAUUGCUAG